UAUGUAUUCCUACAGAUUUUCAAGAAAGCAGAUAAACGAUCACUUAUGAAGAUAUCCAGAUAGACCUAUACACAGGAGGUGACGAGUUGAAAAGGUAGUCACGAGCAAACGUCUUACUGUUGCUAAGUAAAACACUGGAAGCAUUUUAAUAGUGUGCUUGUUCGCCAUUGACUCAAAACGACAAUACCAGAACGGCCAACAAAAUACGGGAAUAGAAGGGUAAUGUAGCCUAUACAGGGCAAUUUAAGCGUGAGAUUACUGUCAUGCCUAAAUGAAAUUACAACGAAAGUACAGUUACACAAUCUUUAACAAAGAGCUCUGGUUGCUGAGGAAAACGGCUAUUGAAACCAUGCUUGUCGCUAACACAACAGAUAAUACUUGUGAUAGACGAAUUACGUGCUACUACUACUAUAAUUCUCGGCUUGUGACAUGAAGCGGGUUGUAGUGUGCCAAUCUGUAGCGUCGAAUAUGACGCCCAGAAAUAGCAUGCGCUUUAGACUACAACAAGAGACAGUAAAAGUGCUCGAAGAAUUCAAAACUAAAUGUGUUCAAUUUGCUGCAAAAAAUAUCUUUCACCAUCAUCUUCGGCUUGAGUAUUUGAACUUAGCGGCGGAAAUAUGCCGUCUAAUUAAUCAACACGUUGAUAGAUGUAUUAGCCAGUAUCCAAGUCGAUCAUCAGAUAUUUGGCGCGAUGCACUUGAAGAAGCUAGGAAGCUAAAGAACGAGAUGUCAGAAUAUCUGAAGGGGAUGACAUCAUCGUUUGGAAAAACAAUUUCAAAAAUGUUGCAGAGUAACGGUGGCAACUAUCCAAUGCUUAUCCAAUCCUACUCACGUAGGCUAUUUCGUGCAAACUUCAUUGAACUUAAUGUUUCCCAACAGGAACGGAUUUUUAUUGAGAUCCUCCGGCAGACAUCAAGAACUAACUUGGUUAUUGUUUCAAUUCGCCGAUGGUGUGGAAAGCUUGGUAUAAUGUUUGUCAUUGUGACAAUUGGAAUAUUGAUGUAUAAUAUCAGCGUUGCCAUAAAUCCAACAUACAAUCAUAUUAGUCGCGCUGUUUCUCUUGGUUUUGGAGCUUCUAGUGGUUGUGUUGGGCGUGAGCUUGGAGCCGAGAUUUCUGCAUGUGGCGGUCCUGUAGGGGUCUUUCUUGGAGGCUUUAUUGGAGGGUUAAACGUCGCAUUUGUAAACAGUUUAGGUAAUGAAGGCCUUCUACGCAUUCUAACACGUUUAUUAUUUCCAGCUUCUACUUCAGAGUUUCAUAUGCCGCUAACUCUGAAAGGCUAUCAUGAUAUAUAUGGCGCGCCAAAAAUACGCACGUCGAAUACGUCACGUACUACAUCACAAGUCUCUUUACCAUCUCGUCCACCUCGUUGUCGCUCAGCGCCAAUCAGGGUAGACUGCACUGUAACCAAGCAUUCCGUCCGAAAGCUUCAAAGAUGUCGGUCUCGUUCGGCCACUCCAAGGACGAGCCACGGCAGUCUCCCCAAUUUAAACGUGCCGAAGUAUGAGCCAACCAUACCCCCAUCAACGUCACUGUUUAUGCCAGACGGAUAUCCUGCUUUUCCUCGUGGGUUUUCGUACUGGUAGUUGGGCAAAAAGUGAAUGCUAUAAACAAACAUUGGGAUUCACAUAAAAUUAAGAUAUGAGUAGCUUGUUUUCAAGUAGUUUUAAAUAUACUGUAAUUAGAAACAUAUACAGUAUUCAAGUGUAUCUUCUGCAAAAAACAAAAUUGAAUGAUCAGCAAAAAAAAAAAGGAUCUAUAGUUGAGGUUAAAUAAGGUUGUGUUCUCAGUUCUCUUUUUUAAGUAUUUGUCUUAAUGAUUUAAUUCCUAUUUUUUAUGAAACAUGUGAUCCAUCUAAAGUAUUAAUAUGCCAUUGAACUAUCUUUUAUAUGUUGAUGACUUGGUCAUUAGUUCAGAGGGCCAGAGAGGUUAGCAAAAUGCUCUAAGCAAAUUAUAUACUUAUUGUGAUAAAUGGAAAUUGGCUGUUAAUUUCGAAAAAAACGGAAGUUACAAUAUUUAAUGAAAGUGGUAAAAUUCUACACUACUAUACAUUUUAUUUCGGAAAUUAUAAUAUUGAAAUUACAAAUGAAUAAAUAUUCUGGUAUAACCUUCAA